AUGUUUUAUCCAGGUGUAUUUGUAUCUAAAGACAGUUUGCUAUACAGAAUGUACGUUCAUUCCUGUAUAAGAAGAGUUAAUACAGUAAUACCCAUAGAUUCAUUAAAAGAGUGUUUUUCUACUGUAGAUGCAAACAACUUGUCUCUAAGACUGCAGUCUAGACUGAUGAUUUCUGUGGCAAGUAGUCUUCUUUUUCACUACAGACAGACACUUUCUGCGCUUGUCAAAAUAAUAGGUAAGGAUGUGCGUAUAGAUAAGACGGUAUCUAGUAGAGUAGCAAGUAAAAAUGCAAUUACAUAUAAGUAUAAUAUAAAUGUACUGUGCAGCACUAUUAACUACACUAUACAAUUACCUACAGAAGAUAUAGAAUGCAUGAGAGGCGGGUCUAUAAUUUUAGCAGAGAGUAUUACACAGAGCACACACUCAAUGCAUGAUAUGUAUACAGCGCCCCAAGCAGAAGAGACAGUUAAAAGAAUUAAAUUAGAUAAAACAAUAGAUAUAUCUAGAGAGACAGUGGUAGGAAGGGAGUGUUCUAGUACAAAGUGGUAUCAGAGCAUGAUAGAUGCCAUUAUACUCAAUUCAUCAGAAUACUAUGAACCAGAUACGCCUGCUGAUAUAUCUUCAAUUGAAGCUAUAAGAAGAUAUUCUUCAGAGCAAACAGAUGAUGUACUUUUAAUGGACAGAAGUAUGUCCAUUCCGAUCUCAAAUAGCAUUCCUAUUGCUACAAGCAAUCAAAGACUCGCAGACUUUAUUAGCUUGCUAUAUGAAGUAACAGAAGGCAAAGUAUCUGCUAUUCAAGCAGUGCCAUACGGAAGAAUAAUCCGAAUAUAA